AUGGAGGUGGGAUUGCAUUCAUGCUCAAAUGUGAGCCCGGUGUUUGAAUGUCCAACCUUCAAAGAGACCAUUCCAUAUCACCAACAUGAGCAUCUGAGCAGCAACAAUAGAAGGUGCUCCUCAUCCUCUAGAUUUAAAGGAGUAAUUUUGCUGAAUAGUGGUAAAUGGGGUGCCCGAAUCUCUUAUAGGUCCCAGCCAUAUUGGCUCGGGGCACAUGAAAAUGAGCAAGACGCGGCCAUUGCUUAUGAUAGAGCAGCCAUCAAACUUCAAAGAACUGAUGUUGCCCUCAACUUCCCUUGGACUAAUUACUCUACUCAAGAGAGCAUGUUCCAAAGCAAUCACUCGGUCAAGGAAAUUCUUCAUAUGAUUAAGGAUCAAACUUACGAGUCCAACUUCCUAGCUUUCAUUAAAGCUCAUUCUUCAGUUGAGCCAACUCAAGUAUUUGACUUAACAAAUGAAGCACAGAUCUCAUAUCAAUUACUCUUUCAGAAGGAAUUGACCCAUAGUGAUAUUGCUAAUAAGACCUUUCUUAUCCCAAAGGAUUAUGCAUUGCAAUACUUCCCCCCACUUACCACCACAAGUUCAGACAGAAAUGAAGAGAAGAGAAAGUCCAUCAAAUUAACUUUCUACGAUCGACAUUGCCGUUCAUGGAGUUUUCAGUAUUCACAUUGGAAGAGUUCCCGGAGCUUUCUGUUGACAAAGGGCUGGGGGCGCUUCCUCAGGAUGAAUAAUUUGAACCACAAAGACAUUGUAUUUUUCUAUGUACGUGAUAAUGGAGAUCAGGGCGUGUGUUACAUGAUAGAUGCACAGAGAAAGAAAGAGGAAAAUUCUGCCAUUGCAAGCAAUAUGAUGAAGGAUAAUGGUUUAAGAGGAAACUUUGACAAUGUGACAGAGGUUGAUGGCGUGAGAGAAGCGACAAAUAGUGUGGUCAAGCUAUUUGGUGUGCUGAUUGGUUAA